AUGAACAGCUACAGAAAACAUUCCUUGUCCUUCUACGUCCUGGACGCUGCAGAAUGCGGCGGGGAUUUUUCCGCCCUGUGGAGAGACUUGGAGUUCGUCCCCAAGGAGGACAUCAUUAUAAUAAGCAUAAAGAAUGACUUGAAAAGGGGGAACCUUCAUGGGGAGAACAAUUAUCAUGUGCAGGACAAUCACCUUAGGAUGGCCAUUAAGGCAAAGUUAGAACAAUGGGCACGUCAAUGUAAUCAGAACAUGUUGUGUGAUGGGAAGGACCAGUACGAACUGGUAGAUCCCAAUUUCCAAUUCGAAGGAAACUCCUUUAUUCUUUUUGUUAGAGUAGAGCUCCGCAAGUACAUCCGGCAGGUGUACGCCAGAAGUGUUAAGCUACGCGUGAGGAGGUCUUAUGGGAAGAGAUACCGAAUGAUUAUGAGGCACUACUUUGAUCAUUCCGUGAUGGGGAUGCCUCCACAUGGGGGCAACAACCCUGCACAGGAGGGGGUGGCACAACGGGGAAUGGCACAACGGACGGCCAAGCGGAUGGCGAAACGGAGUGGAGCGAGUCAGGCCGAGGCCGACUCCCUUCGCAGACGCACCCGGUGCCUCAGUGAAGGGACGAAUGUAUGUAUUAAGAUAGACAGGGAGGGGGAGAGACAGGGAAAGAGGAAACGUCACGACGAUAAUGUUGUCAUCUGUAUCACCUUUACAUUUAAGGGGAUCACUCUCUGCGUUUGUUUGUCCAACAUUGAUUUGGAAAAGCAUGUGGAGCGAUGCGAGUACUAUAGGUGUUUACUCAGCGCAGAGAAGUGGCACGCCAAUGAAGAUAAUAGACCCGGAAGUGGUUGGACGCAGAGUAUCAGCAGCCCAACGAACUCAAGAAGAAAUUACGCUGAAAUGUUUUUGGAGAAUUACCGCCUCUGCUUCAAGCAAAUGUACAACCAUUUCACAAACAACAUUACUUUCGAAACAGACAAGGAAGAUCUUCACUUGUUUGGCAUGGAUAUUGUAGUUCUACAGGGUUUUAACCAGCUGGUCCUUUUUAACCAUUUACGGGACAGUAACCUACAUAACGACUCUCUCAUUUGGGGAAAUAACAUUGCCAUUUUAAAUAAGAAUGAAAAGAACAUAUUGCAGAAAAGGUCUUAUUUUACCUUAACAUGUUCAGGUAAAAAUGCUGAACUCGUUCCUUUAGGUUUUAAAUUCUGCUGUGAUUUGUUUUCCCAAAUGGAAGUUAGCAUUGUUGAUGAUUUUUUUUUAUCACAAGUUGGGGAAGGUAAUCGGGGCCAAGGACAAGUGCACAUUGGCGUAAAGCCGGAGGUUCUGGAGUUGGGAUCCAUCUACACGUACCAGGUGGGUCAGGCAAGCUUCCAUUUGGAUUAUACGCACGCAGGGUGUGGUAGCGGCGAUGAUUACGAAAAUGGGGGACACCUAUCCUUUUCAAUUCUAUGCUUCGACCCAAAGAGCCAGUCCACUAUCCCAAUCAACCUCUACUCAUACCUCCACUUGAAAAAGAAUUCAAUUUUCAAGUACCUGGAGGAGAACGUUCGUUUUGGGAGGAGCCAAUCGAGCAGAAGGCGAAAGGAAUGUUGCGGUGUCCCUGCAUAUGAACAAAACAAUCUUGACAUGAUGAGGCACAUCUACGUAUAUCCACAUAAAGGGAUUGUAAGGCAAAACGAAGAGAAGAAAAUUUGGCUUAAUAUUUACGUGGACCACAUGCUAAAGAAGGAUGAAGUUGUAGAAGGCUCCUUCAUUUUAAUUAUUCGCUUUCAUAAAUGUGGGAAGGAUAUUAAGCAGAUUUUUAUCGCGUGCAGAUACUGCCUGCGGGACAAUAUCGUGAGUGUACUUCUUCGGGACGACCGCCCGCUGGUGAGAACACUCUGGGAUAAUCACACCUCAAUGAAAGGGUGGAGUAGGCACAGCAGGACCACCAGGGUGAAGACAAAUAUGAGCUUGCACAGUAGGACCACCAGGGUGAAGACAAAUAUGAGCUUGCACAGUAGGACUAGACGAAAUGUCGUGUCAACUUGUAACCGUACGAAACGGUCGGAGGAGGGAAAAGGGAGACGACCCUUCCUCCCAUCGAACAUUACCAAGUUUGUUUUAUAUUCCUUCUUCACCAUUGAUCAGUACGAACGGGAGUUACUCAGCGGGGUGGGUAGUCCUCCUUCACAGCUGAUUCGUGCCUCCCCCGAAGCAGAUAAACCGUUGUAUCCACUAGGCCUGUGCAGCCUACACACGGACCAUCUGGUGUAUUGCUUUAGUCCAACCUCCUCCCUUCAGGACGACAACAAAAAAGGAGUUCAGUGCAACCUUAAUUAUCACUGGAAGAAGCAUUUUUUUUGUGUACAGUACCCACAAGAGAAGUACAUCGACGAAAAUUUUUUCCUCCAAAGUCGUAUCAUGGAGAGUAAUGUGAAAAGGCAAAGUGGGGAUGAUGUUCCCCUUGAGGUCCAUUACCUAGUCGGCCAAAUACAGAAAAGCGGAAAAGUAGACAGACCCAUCUCUGUUGGCACCAUUUUGUUACUGUGGGAGGAACUCUUCCGGGUGUUAACCCCUCCUUUCGGAACUUUUGCACAAGUCAUCCAAAUGGUUAGGCGCAUUUACAACCAUCCAAAAUUACAGCAGAAAAAAAAAAUGCACUUAAUAUUCCGCAUUAUUGUAAGAAAAUCCCCGUCUGUUUUAUACAAAAAUUUGUUUUUGAUCCUCCUGUCCUUCUUGAAGAAGCUUUUUUUUUACUUUGUCCAAGUGUGUUUACACGAUUUUGGAAUUUCCAUGGAGGGGGCACACGUUCAGGGAGGGGAGAUGAGCAAUGGUCCCUUUGGGAAAUAUCCCUCGCUUCGUACAACCGCACAGGUGGAGACAAUACGCCCCUUUCCUCUCUUCAUGCGCGCCUUCCACUUCUUUCACGUCUCCUUCCUAAGUUAUUUAACAACCUUCUUCCUGAGUUUUCUAGACCACCAAAUCGGCCUCGACUUGGCUCACUACCUACUAUUCCACGGGUAG